CCAUACCAAGGUUCCCACAAAGGGCCGGCCUUAAUGUCCAAGCAACACAAUAAAAAAAGACCUCCAUUUCCACCAUCCUCUCACUUCUAAACCAAAUAGAAAAUAAGAUUCAUUCCAACCAACAGCUAUAGCCACUACUACUACUUGUCAAUUCCACUUCUCAAAUGGGAAGGUCUCCUUGCUGUGAGAAAGCUCACACAAACAAAGGAGCAUGGACCAAAGAAGAAGAUGAUCGCCUCAUCGCCUAUAUCCGGUCUCACGGCGAGGGCUGCUGGCGCUCACUCCCUAAAGCCGCUGGCCUUCUCCGAUGCGGCAAAAGUUGCCGGCUUCGCUGGAUCAACUAUCUCCGUCCCGACCUCAAACGUGGCAACUUCACUGAAGAAGAAGACGAGCUCAUCAUCAAACUCCAUAGCCUUCUUGGCAACAAGUGGUCUCUGAUAGCGGGGAGAUUACCUGGGCGAACGGAUAAUGAGAUAAAGAACUACUGGAACACUCAUAUAAGAAGAAAACUUUUGAACAGAGGCAUUGACCCUGCAACUCACAGGUCAAUCAAUGAGGCUGCUCAGGAUACAACGUCCACUAUAUCUUUUGCUGCUUCUGCCGUCAAAGAAGAAGAAAACCCCACAACCGCGGUGUUUGGGGGGAAAGCCGCAGAAAGCCAGGUUCAAGAACGGUGUCCGGACUUGAACCUUGAGCUUAGGAUUAGCCCUCCUUGCCAAAACCAGCAUGAACCAUUGAAGACUGGUGGAGCGAGUCUAUGUAUGGCUUGCAGCUUGGGGUUGCAGAAUAGUAAGGAUUGCAGUUGCAGAGUUGCUAGUAAUGGUAGCACCAGUGGUAGCACUAGUUCCACUGGUUAUGAUUUCUUGGGGUUGACGAGCGGAGUGUUAGACUACAGAAGCUUGGAAACGAAAUGAGAUGGAAUCGGCCGGUUUGAAUUAUGUAACCCAAAAGAUUGGAGAGAAAUGAUAAAGAGAUUGCUAUUAGUUUGAAAUAUCUCCGUUUUUCUCUUUUCUCUAAUUUGUAUAAUUAGUAAUGAAUAGUGAUACAGUACCAUUACAGUUGAACA